GGCAGCCAAAAACAUUGUGAAAUCCAGUGCACUGAAGUUCAAUCUUUACACCUGACACAUGCCAUUUAAUCAUUGAGCAACACAGUCAAUCAGCCCCACACUGAGACGCAAGUUGUCACAGUUUUCCAGGCAGAGAAGAUACUAAAGGCACAAGCAUGGGAGAGUGGGGCUUUCUCUCCAAGCUGCUGGACAAAGUGCAGUCUCACUCCACGGUCAUUGGGAAGGUGUGGCUCACUGUCCUCUUUGUCUUCAGGAUAAUGGUUCUCGGAGCCGGGGCUGAAAAGGUGUGGAGCGACGAACAAUCAAAAAUGAUCUGCAACACUAAGCAACCUGGUUGUACGAACGUGUGUUACGAUCACACCUUUCCAAUCUCCCACAUUCGCUUCUGGGUACUUCAGAUCAUCUUUGUGUCCACGCCAACGCUUCUAUACUUCGGCCACGUUCUGCAUAUCCUCCACAAAGAAAAGAAACUGAGAAAGCAGAUUGAAAGCCAUGAGGAAAAGCAAGGUCUCAAACAUCCCAAAUACACCGACGAUCAUGGCAAAGUUAUAAUCAAGGGUCAAUUGUUAGGUAGUUACCUAGCCAGCCUGUUUGUUAAGAUCUUGCUUGAGGCUGCGUUUAUCGCAGGCCAGUAUUAUAUUUACGGUUUCAUAAUGAUCCCUAAGAUAGAAUGCUCCCAAUCUCCUUGCCCUCACACGGUUGAGUGUUACAUGUCUCGUCCCACAGAGAAAACCAUCUUUAUCAUCUUCAUGCUGGUGGUGUCGUGUAUCUCUCUGCUUCUGAACAUUAUUGAGAUGUUCUACCUGAUAUGCCGCAGGUCAAGGAGACAUCGUGGCACACAGAUGAGCACGUUCUCGCAAGGAUUAAACGGAUCCAAUAUGUACAUUAAAGGAACUUCAAAGUCUACCUUAACUUAAGGCUGAAAAGAUCAAGAUGAUGUUGAAAGCUUGUCCAUAGCUAAAUUAAUGUAGGAUCUGGGUAUUCAAAUUCACUGUGAUCAUUUUGUUUUGCACAGUUUUUGUUUUGCUGUGAAAUUAUUAUAUGUAUUUUGAACAAUGUUUGCACCAUGUUGAUGAACAUCUGCAUGGCGCCGCAGGGCAUUUCAGGUAAUUUUAUAUGGACUUUAUUUAACUUUUAACCUUUAUUAAGGUAAUGUCGUGUCAUGUGACUUAUCAUUUAUCUAUUCUUAUAAACUUUGUGAUGCUCUAAUUGUUUUACAGUAGAAUUGUCAUAAAACACUUAGACAAUAGUUCAUAAUGUAACAAUGCAUGUACAUUCUUCGCUCUCUGUUUGGUUAAAGCAAACCAUAUGUAACUAUAUAAGAGCAGUGUUAGUAUAUGGCAUUAUUUGUUUCAUAAAAGCAUAUAGCUCAUGCUAAUUUUAGCACUUACACAUUGUGCUUUAAUCAUGAACUGUUUUUAUUAGUUAAUGUGUUAAAACCUUUGUAAAUAAUGUUACUAUGCUUUUUCUUGUUAAGGUACAUUAAAGGGGGUAGACAUGUAGGCCUAUACCUGGAAUUGUUAGUUUCAUUAAUUUCAGCAAAGAAUUAAAGGAGCAUCCAAACAUAUCAAUUGCAUCAUUUACUCACCCUCACUUUGUUCCAAAACUACCCAAACUACGAUCAUAAGGUAUCAUCGAAGUACUUCACACAUCUCGAGCUGUUGGAAUCUAAUUUGUUCUAAUUGAAUAUGCGCAUAUUUUAAGGUUUUAACUCACAAGUAUUCAAAUAUGGCGUCUGGCGUUUCACACCAGAUUUGAAAUUAGUAAAGCCAACGCUGUUUCUCAGGAGUCUUGUUACUUGACUAAUAUUUAUUUCCCUUAGUGGUCGAUGGAAGAAAGAAACCCAUAUUAAUGUUGAGACGACCUUUGUCUUUUUUUUUCUUUGUUUUCUAAGCACAGCAGUUUUUCACGGCUAUAAAUAUUGUAUUAAUCUGUCUGAAUUGUUAUUUUAUGCAUUGAAAAUGUAUUGGUGUCUGAGUUGCCUGGGUUUUAAAAUAUUUGUAAUCCUCAUACGCCCUCCUGUGGUGGAAAGAUAUACCAGCAAUGCAAAUCUCCAAGACUUUUCCUGAUUAAUAUAGGACAAUUUACCCAACUUGCAAUAUUUAGAAAUGUCUAAUAUUUGGAAAUGUCAUUUCUAUUGAACCUUAUAAACAACACGCUUGGUUGAUGUU